AUGUCUGAAUGGCGAAAGUCAAUAGCAACUAUCAAUCCACCCCGUGUAGUACCCUUCUUGUCUCAGCCCUCCAGUAGCAGUGCGCACAUAGGCCGCAUUUCAGGCCCAGAUAUCGCUGUGCCUCUAUCAUGGCAACAAUUGCCAGCUAGUUCCAACCCGAACAUGGUAUCUGGUGCUGCAGGGUAUUCUGUGCACCAUGCUCAGUAUGGUCUGGAGCGUGAACGAUGGGCUAAACUGGCAUAUGCUCCGCCCCCUGCAGAGACCAUCACAUUAGAGAUAUCAGCUGUAUACGAGGGAAAUUCACGGAAGAAAAGUGGGUGUGGCAUCAACUUUGGGAAUAUUUGUGAAGGAAAGAAGGACAUCGAUGCUCGCUUGGACGCCCCUGGGCUUAUACAAAUCACUUUAGAUACUAUUCUACCGAAAAUCCUCACAUUUGGAAGGGGAUUUCCUUGGUGCACAGAAGAAUUUGUUGUCCGGGAUGCUACCUGGGUUGACCUAUCUAGACAUUUGCCUGCCAUUCCGUACUUCUUAGCUCAGUGCUUAGUCCAAUCUCAAUGCGGACCAAAGACGACAACUUUCAAGACCAAGCAAUUCUUACUCAUGGUUGUUGUACCUGCAGCGCAGUGGAGUGAGUAUGAGGCAUGGCUGGAUAAAACUGAAGAAGAAAAUAUCUUGCGUGAACAGCUCCAACGACACAGAUCUAUCAUUACUGUUACUGAAGAACGAGACCCACGAACUUCUGGCACCAACUCAGAAGACCCAUGGGCCACACAACAAGAGGAUGAAGGCCCAUUUGGUCUUGACUUCAAAGGACCAGAUGCCUUAUCUACUGUGUGA